CCGGUUCAGGGAUCUACGAAAGUACCCUGUUUUGAUAAAUUUGCCGUCAAAAUUGCUGGCAAUAUACAUACCGAUUCGAAGCAGAGAGCUUUCACGUUAGCGUUAACGUUUUUUACAAAAAUACACGGGACGAUCAAAGAUUGCCUUUGUUACUCCUAGUAUUUCGUGAAAUCGUAUUUUCGAAUAUUCUUUCCGGACAAGAGAAGCAUAAUUUUGCAGAGGUAAAGCUUCAAGAUGAGAGGAAAACACUCGGGAGACGUUCCGGGUAGUAGAAACGGGCAUCUCUGCAGCCUGCUGCAGUCUUGGCAGACAGACCUCGCUGGACCUAAGGGCAGUGUUUGGCAGAUGGCGGCUUUCCACAUCAGGCGCAGCAAGUUUUUGACCGGGUGCACGUUGCUUUGGCUUCUGAGAAGCUUCGUAGACCUUCUGCUUCAGCUCGAAAUGGCGAGCCGCCACACCCUGCGCCACAUUGCGGGCGUGUACGGCGCCAUGUGGGGACUGCUGUUCUUCGUGUUGCACGACGCGGAAGUGGAGCAGUGCCUCGGCCUGCUGGGGCCCGUCGCAACGCGCCUGGAACUGGCCGGAAGCCCAGCCACCAAGGCUCAUCUGAAGAAGACAGCGCAGCGCCUGCAGCGAAUAGCGUGGUUCCACCAAGCGUUUCGGCUCCUCAUCUAUCCAUCCACUCUGCUCACCCUCGUCAUGGGCUACAGUCACUCCGCCGUGUUCAAACAUCUCGGAGAAUGUGGUGCUGCAUAUACGUUUGUGCUCUGCCUCCUCGAGGUUCUCGGGAUGAUCGGCGGGAUUCACGCCGUCUACUGGAUGCUGCCGAUGACGUACGCCAUGUUCGGAUCCUGCGCGGCCCUGUUUACCGCCAUCGGCACUGAAUGUUGCCAAGUGCGAGGGCGCGAGUCCCUGCGAACGCUGGCAGUACUGCAUGGGGAUGUGGUGAGAGGCGCGCGCGUGGCCCGAACUGCUGUGGAAGGUUACAUCAUCCACAUCCUUGCUUGCUCCAUGAUGCUUCCUCUCAUAGCGUCCGUCGAAGUCAUCCUGAAGCCGCAGGGUGCAGACGCCUUCACUUUCUCGACAGCUAUUCUCAUCAUCGUCAUUGUCAUCCCUCAGUGCCUCACAGGACAAGCAUUAGAAGACGCCAGUGGAAACCUUGGGACGCGUCUGUACGAGGGGCCGUGGCUGGAAGAGGACCCUCCUACGCGUCGGAUGCGUAGCAUUAUGCAAGAAUGCACCAAGCGAACCGCAUGCAUCCACGUGCGGGCUUUCGGGUCGCUGAACGCACGGACAUGCAUACAGACCCUCCGCCAAUGGUUUAGCUUUGUAAACGUGGCUCUCAAGAUAAUGCAGCGCGAAAAGUAAAGAAUGCUUUAAGCAGGAGAAAGGCCUGCAUUCUUACCGGUAGAAACCUUGACUUAGUCACUCGCGCACUUGCUGUACCGCCUCCGACGACAUCGUAACCAUUAUCGUAAGAUGUAAGAUUUGUUUACUCUCCUCCAUUUUGCACCCAUCUUUCAU